GUCUUGAACUUGAGUUCUGCAGUUAAAAAAAAAAAAAAAAAAAAAGACUUUGAACUUAGCCAUGGCUUCUAUCCCAUGGACUAGUGGUACUAGCACUAGUAUAAUUGCCACCCACAAAGUCUUGACUACAAAAUCAGUGUCAAAAUUGAAAACCCAGUUUGUUAAUGGCAAAAUUUCUAGGCUUGGUUGUGUCAGAUCCUUUGGUGGUGUUGGAAUUUUUGGACCAACCAAUGGGUCUAGAGCCAAGUGCUGGUUCAAGUUUGGUAAAAAUGGUGUUGAUGCUGAAGGUGCUGGCAUUUAUGGCAGCCAGUCACGGGAUGACUUUGAUAGAGAUGAUGUUGAACAGUACUUUAACUACAUGGGAAUGCUUGCUGUUGAGGGUUCAUAUGACAAAAUGGAGGCUCUUUUAAGCCUAAAAAUCCACCCAGUGGAUAUCUUGCUAAUGCUGGCUGCCUCUGAAGGUGAUAAGCCAAAGAUUGAGGAGUUAUUGAGGGCUGGAGCCAAGUAUGAUGUCAAGGAUGGUGAUGGCAGAACAGCACUUGAUAGAGCUGCUGGUGAUGAAAUCAGAGACUUAUUUCUUAACUUUUCUGCUCAGAAAGCUUGAUGAUGACAUGGGCAAACUUUGUAUUUGAAUCAAAAAGUUUUCAUUUUCCAAUUUAGCAAUUGAAAUUUUCUUUUAUGGUCUUGUUUA